CAAUUUACAUUGGUGCUUAAUGCUUAUAAUUUUACAAAUUACACAUUUAUACAAUAUACAGCAUCGUAUUCAUUUUUAAGUCCAAAAAUCCAAAAAAAGUUCAAAAUAAACGAAAAUGGGAUUAUUAAAACCAGGAAUAAAAUCUCGAAUGGAGUCAGUCACCGAGUUUGUCAAAACUUCUUACCAUGUCGCCUUUAUUCCAUUUGUUAUAUAUAUGGGUUUCAAAAAAGGACCAGAGGUUGGUGGCCCAGCAUUUGGACUUUUAAGCCUCCUGUGGCAGUAAUUGAGAAAAAAUUCUUCAAAUCCGUCAAGACACAUUUAUGUAUAAUUUUAGAAGAACAAUGGUUUAUACAUUAUUUGUGUUUUAUAUAAACUAGUUAAAUGUCAUGCUGCCUUUACCUUAAUGUUCUGAAAUAAAUUUGUUAAAAUGUGA